AUGCAUAAUGCAGCUACCAUUGAUGGUAUAGCCUUUGUUUUCGCGUUUUUUAAGAUUGUUCACUUAAUAGUUCACAAAAUAGGAGCCGCUUUCCAUCUUCCAACAAUGGUCGAUGUGUUGCAAUGUUGUUACCACAUGUUAUUCGAUACAAUGGUGUUAUCUCAAAAAAGAUGGCGUAGUGUCCAAAGUACAGCAUUUAUGUUGCAAACCAGUAAUAUUAACAACUUGCACAACUGUCCUUGCAAAGGCAAGAACUUCAACACAUAUCAUUUUUUGAAAAAUAAAGUCUAUGAGAAAAUUAAAACAUAA